AAGCCUAUUACAUCACAUUGUAUCCGCUGCAAAUUUAAAUCGGACUUUGGAUCAAAAACCUCGUAAUUUGAGUCCUUUUAUUUCUCAUCGGAAAUAUGGCCCAUUUGACUUGAGUUUGGUUCGAAAUCCAAAAAGUCAAAAUCUUGAACAUUAA